AUGGCCAACCCUUCAGACCUCCCCGAAUGGAAACACUCCCUCAUCUCCCUCACCCUCUCCUCCUCCAUCCUAACCUUCGGCACCUACACCCUCAAAUCCGGCCGCGUCAGCCCUUACUUCUUCAACUGCGGCCUCUUCUGCACCGGCGGCACCGUCGGCCCCAUAGCCUCCGCCUACGCGCGCACACUGCACGACUACGCUGCUCGAAACCCCGAGUUUGGAUUCGACGUGCUGUUCGGGCCGGCGUAUAAGGGGAUACCGAUUUGUGCGACCACGCUAUUGUCCUUGACACAUCUGGACGGGGAGAAGUAUCAGGAUGUGGGGUACACGUUUAACCGGAAGGAAGUCAAAGACCACGGGGAAGGAGGCGUGUUGGUCGGGGACACGGUAAAGGGGAAGAGGGUGGUUAUCAUCGACGACGUGAUGACGUCCGGCAAAGCUAUUCGCGAGGCGGUGGAUAUUAUCAAAGCGCAGGGCGGGACGUUGGUGGGGAUCGUGGUCGCGGUGGAUCGGGAGGAGAGGAUGCCCGGGCGGAAGGAGAAGGAUGGCGGGAGUGUGGGUGAGGGGAGUGCGAUUGGAGAGGUCAGGAGGGAGACGGGAGUGCCGGUCGUGGCGGUGUUGACGCUGGGGGAUAUUGUCAAGGGCAUGGAGGGGUUGGGGAGGACGGAGGAGGUGGAGGCGAUGAAGGAGUAUUAUGCAAAGUAUGGGGCGAGGGAUUGA